AUGCCGGAGAAACACAGCAGAGCUAUGCCGCCAAUGACACCGCCAAUGAUUGCUCCAGUGUUGUUUGCAGAUGAACCACUGUUGGUGCUGUCACUGCCGCCAUUUGUUUCUUUUGCAGGCCCUACGGCAAUUGAUGGUGUUAUCGACACUGAUGCAUUGUCAACAGUGGAUGACGAUGACGAUGAAAGCGCAGUCGUCGAAAUCUGUGUGGUAGCCGGUGUCGUUGGUGAAGAUAUUUUGUCGGAGACUGAACCAGAAUCGGCGGAGUAUGUUUGGUCGACGCCAAAAGUCAAGAGGGCGGUGGAGCAGAAUUGCUUUGGCCCGCUGCAGAGUCAAGUCAUCAACAACCGCCGCACCACAAAGACAAUCUGGGACUAUUGGAAGAUGAGACCUACCAAGUAA